AGGAAGCCGGUCAGGCUGAACAGAGACCUCUGGCUGGAACUCGGGAACAAAAGUAAAGUUUUUGGUAUUUGGAAGAAUGGGCAAGCAACUUAUGACAAUUACGAGCAACCUAAGGCUUGGAAGGCAGUUUCCCUGGUGCUGCUGUGCACCGUGGCUGUGGUGUCCUUCGGUUUUUACUGCGAUGGAAGUCUUGCUGGAGGCUCAAGGGCAGUGGAAAAAAAGACUUCAUGGCUGGUGGGUGAUGAUCUGGAAAUGCUGAGGGUGGAACAAGAGCUCGACAAGAUCCAGCAGCAGCUUCGUUUCCUGCAAUGGGGAGCAAAGGACAUCACCCUGCGUGCUCUCCACGAGGCCCUGAAGAGAAAUGAGCUCCCAGGCUUUACCGGCGAGGCUGUUCAAGAGAUGAUCAAUCAAGUCCUGGAGAAGCUGGAAGAAAGCCCAUUCCAGAUGCGUAAUUAUGCCAGCAAAACUUCAGGCGCCGCUAUCGUUCGUUCCAAGACUUCUCCCUCCUGGAUUGGAAGCGGGAAAGUCUUCUGGUACUCGUUGCUGGUGACACCAUAUAUGAGGCCUCCUGAGAUUAUUCUUGAGCCUGACAAUCAGCCAGGUAACUGCUGGCCCUUCCCAGGAAGCCAAGGGCACGUCUUCAUCAAGUUGCCCAGGGCCAUCUUUCCCACGGCAGUUACGUUAAACCAUGGAGUUCCAGCAACGGCCUACCAUGCAGACAGCACCUCCAGUGCUCCCAAGGACUUUGCUGUCUAUGGCCUGCAGGAAGAAGGUGACGAGGAAGGAACUUUGCUAGGAGAGUUCACCUUCACGCCAGGCCAGGAUCCCAGUCAGACCUUCCAGCUGCAGAAUGAGCACUCCGGGUUCAUCAAUUACAUCAAGCUGCGAGUGCUGAGCAACUGGGGCCACCCGGACUAUACCUGUGUGUAUCAGUUCAGGCUCCACGGCAAUCCAGCCCCUGACGGUGAAGCUAAGGGAAAGCCACUUGGUUUACCUUUCAUGGAGGAGUCUCCAGAUCUGAGCCCGUGACAGGGGCACAAACCCAGGGGACGAAAGAGAGUGGCAACAAAAAUUACCCUACCUUCUAACAGCGCGGCACAUCCGGCCCCGGCUCUGUGACUAACAAGGCAAGGCACGAUGCGGGCCGUGCGCUCCAGGAGAGGGGGAAGGGAGACAACACGUGUGUCUGACAACAAAAAAAAAAACCCCCACCAACAAAAACAGAAUCAACGGCAACUGUCUGAGGAGGAGCUGAAUUUACUGAAUCCAACAAAAUCAAACAAAAUGAGAGAGACGGAAGUAUCCAAAAUACAAGAUCUCAUGUUAGAAGACUGCAGGGGAAGCACGUGCUUUUCUCCGUGGCAAACCAAGAGUGGGAAGAAGAGGCUGGUGUCCUGCCAGUAGCUCCACCUUUCUUCCUCUGCGCGCUAGGUCCUCGGGAAUGCCGCUCCUCCCCUCCCAUCCGAGGACCCCACGUGCCCAUGAAUGGCAGUUCAAGGAACCAGAACAUUAACUCUUUAACUCCCACUAUUUUACGUGAUCUUCUGAGGUGGAAUAUCAGCAACAAAAAUCACAAAGCCACAACGUUAACAUCAAAUAUAACAUCAAUUCAUUCAACUUUUCCCAUGUUGAGUCUCUUUUGUCCGUCAGAGUAAAUGUUAAGAGAUCUCCCUAUUGUCUAUCUCGCUCCAUAAGCCUUUUCAUUCCCUUUUCUCCUGCUCUCCUGCUGGGGAGGAGGAGGGAGGGAGCGGCUGGUUGGGAGUUGGCAAAGUGAUCCCAAGAUACUGCAUUUUCCGAUCCCUGUUGAAGCACGGAUGGGAGUCAGCAGGAACUGCUGCCCCCUUGGACUUCCAGAGGGCAGACCUUGGCCUCCUUUGGACCGUGGUUGAGAAGGUGCCUUGGGAGGCAGUUCUGGAGCGCACAGCAGCCCGGGAAGGCUGGGCAUACUUUUAGGGAAGUUAUUUUAAAAGUGCAGGAGCUGACCGUCACCGAGUCAUGGAAGACAAGUUGACGGGCAAGGAAGCCGGUCAGGCUGAACAGAGACCUCUGGCUGGAACUCGGGAACAAAAGUAAAGUUUUUGGUAUUUGGAAGAAUGGGCAAGCAACUUAUGACAAUUACGAGUACGUAGUGAAGCCGUGCAGGGAGAAAAUUAGAAAAGCCAAAGGCCAGCUAGAACUGAACUUGGCCACUAAGGUGAAGGACAACAGUAAAUAUUUCUGUAAAUACAUCAGCAGCGAGUGGAAGGCUAGGGAGAGUCUCCAUCCCCUGCUGGAUGAUGCUGAGGGCAACGUGGUGACCAAGGGUCAGGAUAGGGCUGAGGUACUUGUUCUGUAUGAUUUACAAACAUACAGAUAGCAGAGUGGCGUGGUUAGGAUGGUAUUAUACGGGUUUUAUCAUUAGAAAGAUUAUCGUGGUGGAAAGGGAGAAUCAAAAAUUAGACGCUCAGCCGUGGCCUAGGCUCGCAGUAGAAAACUGCAAAGGGAGGGAUCUCCGGAAAGAGAUCCUUCCCCAGCGGCAGUCAGCCCUCAAAUGGGGCCUGGGAGAGGUGGAGCCAGGCUGCACCCCUCCGGGUCACACAGUUGAACUGCCUCCACCCGUGCUCCUGUGGCUGAGUCAGUCCUUGCCUCAGGCGAUCAAUCAGUGGUUCAGGCUGUGACUCAGCAGCUCCCAUACACCUUCUUUGCCUCAGUCCUUAAUAGUAAGACUAGUUACUCCCUGGGCACACGGCCCCUUGUGCCGGUAGGUAGGGAUGGGGAACAGAAUAGGCCCUGCACAAUCCACGAUGAGAUGGUUUGGGACCUGCUCUGAAAGCUGGGUGCUCACAAGUCCGUGGGGCCAGAUGGACUGCAUCCUAGGGUGCUGAGGGAGUUGGCGGAUGUGGUUGCCGAGCCACUCUCCACCCUCUUUUGGCAGUCCUGGCUAACUGGAAACGUCCCAUUGGACUGGCAAACGUGACACCCAUCUUCAAGAAGGGCUGGGAAGGUGAUCCUGGUAACUACAGACCUGUAGUCUCACCUCGGUGCCAGGGAAGGCCAUGAAAUGGAUCAUCUCGGGUGGCCUCACGGACCAGUUAAUGGUAAGCUGGGGGUGAGGCCCAAUCAGCAUGGCUUUAUGAAUGAAGGUAUGGCUGUCAAUGUGGUCUGCCUGGACUUCAGUAACGCCUUUGGCACCCUCCCCCACAACAUUCUUGUGGAGAGGCGGCUGCCAACGGUUUGGAUGGGCGUACGCUCCGCUGGGUGAAAC